AUGGCAGCUUAUGCAGCUGUUCUCUCUCUCACGCAUAUUAUCAAACAGUUACAGCACCAUCCAAGCCCUCCGAUUUCUCUCGACAACCAGCAGGUCCAAUCCCUCACCCACAACCUCACUUUCCUUCAACAUUUUCUCGAAGGCUAUUCCCAUGGCGGUGGGGAGACUUUAGAUGCUUUGGAGGGCCGCAUUGCAGAUUCAGCUCAUGCGGCGGAGGACAUAAUCGAGUCCCACAUAGUCGAUCGGAUUGAACUUCGAUGCACGAGGCGAACUGAAAAUGCAGACUCCAUUGUUGACUUGGUGUAUCGAGAUCUGCAGAGAGUGAUACAUGAUAUGGGUUCGAUCUUGCAAGAAGUUUUGGAGUUUAAAGAGAAAUUUGAAAUUAGUUAUGUUCGGAUGCAAGCUAAUUGCUCGACGGCCGCCAAAUUAUCGAGUAGCAGGUCUCGUUCAUCGGGACAAAAUGCAAUGGUGGGUUUCGAUGAGGUCUUGAUUGAAGCCAUGGAUAAGCUGACCAGUCGACAACCUGAUCGGCAAAUUAUCACGGUCUCCGGCAUGGGGGGCAUUGGUAAGACCACGCUCGCUAAAAGUAUUUACGAAAAUCCUCUUAUUAAGUAUCAUUUUGACAUUCUUGCUUGGGCCACGAUUUCGCAAGUAUAUAGUGUGAGCGAAAUUUGUCUAGAAAUUCUAUAUGGUGGAAACAGACAGGGAAGGGAGGUUUCGAGUGUAAUGCACGAGCAUGAUUUAGGCGAUAAGCUACGCAAGAGUUUGUGGGGUCGGAGGUAUUUGGUUGUGAUGGAUGAUAUGUGGAGUGUCAAGGUAUGGGAUAAAGUGAAGUUCUUUUUUCCAGAUAAUAACAAUGGAAGUAGAAUAAUGAUAACGACUAGGCUGUCGCACGUGGCUUUUCAGUUAAGUUGUUCGUCUUGUCGAAUUAUGAUGAAUUUACUGGACGAUAAUCGAAGUUGGGAUCUACUUUGCGAAAGUGCGUUUGGAGGGGAAAGUUGUCCUGAUGUAGAAUUGGAAGGAAUUGGGAAAAAGAUAGCCAGAAAUUGCAGAGGACUUCCUCUGUCAAUUAUCGUUAUCGGAGGGUUCUUAGCAAAGUCCCCACCGACUCGGCAGCAUUGGGAGUACAUUGCGCAAAAUCUAAGUUCGAUUGUGAACUCGGAAGAUGGUGAGCGUUGUCUAAAGAUACUGGACAUGAGUUACAAUGAGUUGCCAGUUCAUCUGAAGCCGUGCUUUCUUCACAUGGGAAUUUUUUCAGAAGAUGCUAAAAUCCGUGUCUCCUCGCUCAUCAAAUUGUGGGUUUCUGAAGGAUUCUUAAAACCAGUUCACGGCAAAUGUCCAGAAAUGGCUGCGGAAGACUAUUUAAAGGACCUCAUUGAUCGAAACCUUGUUUUAGUUCAUAAGUUGGGGUCAACUGGUACGAUAAAAUAUUGCAAGAUCCAUGACCUCGUGAGGGACUUAUGCUUAAGAAAAGUUCAGAAAGAAAGGUUCGUAAAUAUCGUAAAUUCUGAUUACUUUGCACGAGAUGGAACAAGUAACGAGCGCCGUAUUUGUGUUCCUGCAUCCUCAACGGAUAUAAACUUUUGGCACCUAUCUUGUGUCUUUGGAUGGAUACGUAACUUGCAAGUGAGAUCCCUUGCCCGUACCUUAAUAGGCGACAUCAAUCACUCUUUAAAUAUGUAUAGAUUUAAACUGCUAAGGGUGUGGAGAGCGUUCGAUACUAACUUCAAACCUAAAUCUAAUGGCACCCGAACCAAUUUGCGCUCGAAAGUAGAGAUUUUUCAGCUCGUCAACUUGCGUUAUCUUGCUAUCCGGCUCCUUUGGAACAGAAAGGCCGAUUUUCCUUAUGUCGUCCACAUAUGGAAUCUCGAGACGUUGAUCGUUAGCUUAAUCGAGUUCACAGAAGGCGGCGUCACGGUGCCAUACAGAUCAGCGUUGACUCCACUUCUCGACAUUUGGAAAAUGCCUCUAAUUAGGCAUGUAGAGUUCACUAAACUCGAUCUCGUGGACCCUAGUGAAACGGACGGCGAAGAUGGUUUCGUAUCGGUUUUGGAAAACCUGCAGACUCUGCGGACGGUCAGGAAUUUCAAGUGUACUGAGGAGGUUGUUAGAAGAAUCCCAAACGUAAGGAAAUUGGGAUUACUAUACGAGGAACUCGAGGAUUUGUCAUUUUGCUGUCUGAACAAUAUUCGCCGUUUGAAUAAACUCGAAUCCUUUGCUUGUUCCUUUUUUCGGAAAAGACCAUGCAGGAGUUAUUUGGUGCAAAAUCUCAUAUUCCCAUGCUCGCUCAUAAAGUUGACUUUACAAGGGACUGAGCUCCGUUGGGAAGACAUGGCGUUGACAACGAUAGGCACGUUACCAUAUCUUCAAGUUCUCAAAUUGAAAUUCUUAUCAUUCGUGGGUUUCGAGUGGGUAACCGUCGAAGGUCAAUUCCGUAGCCUCGAGUACUUGCUGAUCGACUCUUGUGAUGAUUUGAAAAGCUGGAAGACUGAUAGCACUCACUUCCCGCAGCUCAAGCAUAUUGUGCUUCGUAGCUUAAGUAAGCUGAAGGAGAUCCCUUUGAGCAUUGGAGAUAUAACGACACUCGAGUCUAUCGAGUUGGAAUAUUGUAGUGAAUCGGCUGUGUUUUCUGCUAAGGACUUAGUGGAGGAACAAGUGGGGCUUGGGAAUGAAGGACUUCGGGUUCGUGCUCAAAUGGCUUUCUGCAGCCAAGAGUUACAGAGAUUGUCAAGCCAGCCGUUACAUAAAAGCCUGUGCGCUACCAUUUUUGAAGGUUCAAACGAUGUUCAUAUUGCACCUCAAACUAGCUCUUCAAGAUCCCUCAACCGUUUUGCUCCCCUGAGACCUGCAAAGACGACGUCUGGAGAUGUUCUUAGCAUUAAACCUCUUAUCAUCAAGUCAGUCUCUUCUGCUCCGACUGCCCCAUCUGCCCAAAAGGGCUACCCGUCCGUUACUAGACUACCUUGCCUGCUAGUUAUUUGGCUCUAUUCUUACCCGUCGGAUUACCUAUCUCAUUUAUUCAUGACGCUACACGUGUUCCUUGUUAACAGCUUAGACCCGACCUACUAUGUUGACCAAUCUAUUCCUUAUUCGAGCUAA